AUGAAUUCCGCGGAGCAGACCGUUACGUGGCUCAUUACCUUGGGGGUGCUGGAGUCGCCCAAGAAAACCAUCUCGGACCCGGAGGGCUUCCUGCAGGCGUCUCUGAAGGAUGGGGUGGUCCUCUGCAGGCUGCUGGAGCGCCUGCUGCCCGGGACCAUCGAGAAAGUCUAUCCGGAGCCCCGGUGCGAGAGCGAGUGCCUGAGCAACAUUCGAGAGUUCUUGCGAGGCUGCGGGGCCUCCCUGCGCCUGGAGACAUUUGAUGCAAAUGAUUUGUAUCAGGGGCAGAAUUUUAACAAGGUCCUCAGUUCCUUAGUGACUCUAAAUAAAGUAACAGCAGAUAUUGGGCUGGGAAGUGACUCCGUGUGUGCUCGGCCCUCAUCUCAUCGGAUCAAGUCUUUCGACUCCCUGGGAUCCCAGCCUUCACACAGUCGGACUUCAAAAUUGUUCCAGGGCCAGUAUCGAAGUUUGGACAUGACUGAUAAUAGCAACAAUCAACUGGUAGUAAGAGCAAAGUUUAACUUCCAGCAGACAAAUGAAGAUGAGCUUUCCUUUACGAAAGGAGACGUCAUACAUGUCACUCGAGUGGAGGAAGGGGGCUGGUGGGAGGGCACCCACAACGGCAGGACCGGCUGGUUCCCCAGCAACUACGUGCGAGAGAUCAAGCCGAGCGAAAAGCCGGUGUCUCCCAAAUCCGGAACCCUGAAGAGUCCUCCCAAAGGAUUUGACACGACUGCCAUUAACAAAAGCUAUUACAAUGUGGUGCUACAGAAUAUUUUGGAAACAGAAAAUGAAUAUUCUAAAGAACUUCAGACUGUGCUUUCAAACUAUCUACGGCCAUUGCAGACCAGUGAGAAGUUAAGUUCAGCAAAUACUUCGUAUUUAAUGGGAAAUCUUGAAGAAAUAUGUUCUUUCCAGCAAAUGCUUGUACAGUCUUUAGAAGAGUGCACCAAGUUGCCUGAAGCUCAGCAGAGAGUUGGAGGCUGCUUUCUAAAUCUGAUGCCACAAAUGAAAACCUUGUACCUUACGUAUUGUGCCAAUCACCCAUCUGCAGUGAACGUUCUCACGGAGCACAGUGAGGAGCUGGGAGAGUUCAUGGAGAUGAAAGGUGCCAGCAGCCCCGGGAUUCUCGUGUUGACCACCGGCCUCAGCAAACCGUUCAUGCGCCUGGAUAAGUACCCCACGCUGCUCAAGGAGCUCGAGAGGCACAUGGAGGAUUAUCAUCCAGAUAGACAAGAUAUUCAAAAAUCCAUGACUGCCUUCAAAAACCUUUCAGCCCAGUGUCAAGACGUACGGAAAAGGAAAGAGCUGGAGCUGCAGAUCCUGACAGAAGCUAUCCGAAGCUGGGAGGGAGAUGACAUUAAGACCCUGGGCAACGUCAUUUACAUGUCCCAGGUCAUGAUUCAGUGUGCCGGAAGUGAGGACAAGAAUGAAAGAUACCUUCUACUUUUCCCGAAUAUUUUGCUAAUGUUGUCUGCCAGUCCUAGGAUGAGUGGCUUUAUCUAUCAGGGAAAGCUACCAACGACAGGAAUGACAAUCACAAAGCUUGAAGACAGCGAAAAUCAUAGGAAUGCAUUUGAAAUAUCAGGGAGCAUGAUUGAGCGGAUAUUGGUGUCAUGCAACAACCAGCAGGAUCUCCAUGAAUGGGUGGACCAUCUACAGAAGCAAACAAAAGUGACAUCUGUCGGCAACCCCCCUAUUAAACCUCAUUCUGUGCCGUCUCAUACCCUCCCCUCCCAUUCGAUCACUCCAUCCAGCAAGCAUGCGGACAGCAAGCCUGUGCCACUGACACCAGCCUAUCACACGCUGCCCCACCCCUCCCACCACGGCACCCCACAUACCACCAUCAGUUGGGGGCCCCUGGAGCCUCCGAAAACCCCCAAGCCCUGGAGCCUGAGCUGUCUGCGACCCGCACCUCCCCUCCGGCCCUCGGCUGCUCUCUGCUACAAGGAGGAUCUUAGUAAAAGUCCCAAGACCAUGAAAAAACUGCUACCGAAGCGCAAACCUGAGCGGAAGCCUUCGGAUGAAGAGUUUGCACUGAGGAAAAGCACAGCUGCUUUGGAAGAAGAUGCGCAGAUUCUGAAAGUCAUCGAAGCUUACUGCACAAGCGCCAAAACACGGCAAACACUCAAUUCAACAUGGCAAGGCACUGACCUGAUGCAUAAUCACGUCUUGGCUGAUGAUGACCAAUCAAGUCUAGACUCCUUGGGUCGUCGCAGUAGCCUUUCUCGUUUGGAGCCUUCAGACCUCUCGGAAGACUCUGACUAUGACAGUAUAUGGACAGCCCAUAGUUACAGAAUGGGUUCUACAUCUCGUUCACGCAAAGAAUCUGCUCCACAAGUUUUGCUUCCAGAAGAAGAAAAAAUUAUAGUCGAAGAAACUAAAAGUAAUGGUCAGACAGUGAUAGAAGAAAAGAGUCUUGUUGAUACUGUCUAUGCACUGAAGGAUGAAGUCCAAGAAUUAAGGCAGGAUAACAAAAAGAUGAAGAAAUCUCUGGAGGAAGAACAGAGAGCCCGCAAAGACCUAGAAAAGCUGGUGAGGAAAGUUCUAAAGAACAUGAACGACCCUGCUUGGGACGAGACCAACCUCUAAGGAACGAACGUCCUUGGUUUUUGUUCAAAGACCAGUUAUAAGACCACGCUGGGCGCUUAUGACCAGCCGGUGUGACAUUCAGGACCACAGGACAGGGCUGGAUGAACGUCGUCUUGCUUUCUGUGCAUAGAAAAGCUGGAGUUUUUAUCACACGAAUAGGAACGGUCACACUGUUCCUGAGAAAUCCAAACAUGAGGUGUAGUCACUGAGGGCUGAACUGUAUUAAUCUUACUCUGGUAACAUCUCAAUUACCUCAUUUUGCAAUAAGUGCAGUGACUGACUACAAAUCCUGCUCUUUCAGGCUUUUAUUGACUAUACAUAAAUAUUAUAUAUACAUGUUUCUUGUAAAUGCUCCAUUUUGAAUGCAUAUCCAUGAUAGUUAGAUCUGGGCUGAUACUCGUGCUCAAAUUUCCUUCCCACUCACCUCUGGUCCCGUGAACUAGAAGUGUCCCAGCGCGCAUGGAAAGUGGGGGCGUGGAGGGUGGCCGCUGGCUCUUGGGAGUUGCCCGACCGUUCACCACGAUAGUCCCCGCAGUGCUCUAAAAAGACAUCCCACCUCGGUCUGCCUCACUAACCUUAUUUAUAGCUGCACAGAUGCUUCACUGCCAUUUGAAAGUCUUCUGGGAAAGCAGUGCUGCUGUCACCGACGUGUGGUGGGCCCCAGUACGGCGCCCUGGCUGAAUGAGGGUGAGCCUGGGCCCCAGCCACGGAUCUGAGGAAAUCCCGCACGCCACGUGUCCAGCAGCAGGCGUCACCCCGGUCUGCAUGUGUGGAUACUAUGGUCAUCAGUAUUCACUGCAGCUGCAACAGUCGUACAGACUUCUGUCAGCUAGUUGAAACACUUGGACAAAGUGUGCUGUUUCGUCCUACCCCCAAAAGAGGAAGCUUCACUAGAACCUGUAAAUAAAAUGUGUUAUUUAUUACCUGUCAGUGCAGAAGGCGAAUUGAGGUGCUGCCGUGAGCCGACCUGGACGGGUAGGAUUGCUUUGUCAGGCCAGGCUAAGCCCUGAGCUUUGUUUUACCAGCAGGGUACAGCCGGUGUUACCUCAGUGCUCACGGGGAAAAGAAGUGUUUCUCUCUUUCAGCAAGAAUAAAGCAAUAUACAUCUUAAAUUCCACCUAACAAUGAAAGUUUAAAUGUGGGUCCAUUCCCUCCCUCCUUCCCGCAGUAAAGCAGACGGGAGGAAGUGGAUCCUAGCCCUAGCUCCACUGAGCUCUGGGCCAGGGGUUCUGGGAAGCGCAGCCUUGGAGCCCACCCUGCUUGGCCCUCUGCCUCAGAGGUAGGGUCACGGUAUUACAGGAACUGUGCUUUCCUUUCCCCCUCUUCUAAAGAGGUUGGUUUUAAAGCAAGACAACGUCUUCCUGGAACAAGUGGGAUAUCUUUAGAAACCCAAAAUCGCAGCAUUGUGCAUUAGACACUUCUCAGAAAUACCCACCUGGCAUCAGAUGUGACAGAGUUGCGAUCUGUUUACUGGUGAAGUGACCCUUUAAGUGCAUUGGAAUCUUCUGAUGCCUAUGAAACGAGUUGGUUUUCUGGUUGUCCAUGGCCCUGGUUCCGUCCUCGCUGUUCAGUCCCUGUGCCCGGCCAUUUCCCACUGGAGGGCAGUCCCUUGGGCCAUGCCCUUGUGGCUGCAAACUCCGCAGGUGUGUUUGGGGCCAGCGUUGACCUGCCUACACUUGAUCUUUCAACUAGAAUUGCCAACUUCUUGUAUUUAGCAUUUUGUUCAUUAGUAAUAGGAUGCGAAAAGAUUGUUUUUUUGUAAACCCUGUUUUUACAGUCGUAUUUUUGGUGAUGCAUAAGACAUUGCAGUGAAAAACAAAUUUGAGUGUAUUGAAAUUUGCUGUCUUAGGCAAAUUUAACUCAGGAACAACAUUCAUCACCUGAUCUCUCCACCGCUGUGUGACAGGCAGUGUUGCCGACAGCACCCCAGGACGGGUCUCGUGCAGAACCUGCCUUAAACUGUUGAUGGACGCGUCAAGUGAGAACACUUGUGUUUUUACUGUCCCUGUCUCUGAUGGGGUAACAGUUGAGAUGCUUCUGUCAUGCAUUACCUUUUCUUCCCAUGGAUCCAAUAUUUUACUCAAUUUUUUAGGGAGCAGAGAAUGUGUCUGAGAGUAAUUCUUACCGAACUGCACUAUUUUGUAAAUAGACUAUGUUUUUCCGUGUGACCUUCUGAAGGGUUGGGAACUGAUGGGAGCGGUAGGUAGAAGGGCACUGUUUGCCUCAUCGGUUACUUCUCUACUCUCCCCUUUGAUGGACGAGGAGACGAAUCCAUUCCUGUCCUGAGAUGUGAAGCACUUUGAGUGCCACACGAUGUGGCAUUGGAGCUCUGUCCGUUGUGCUUCUCGGUGCCUGCCUGUCCACGUGUGCCAGUGCGGCCAGAAUGUUGAAAGCCACCUGGCUUCGUGUGGACAUCCUGCUGUCCGUCACUUCUUCAUUUCCCCAUUCAUAGCAGUCGGGACACUUCACAUAGACGCCACAGACUGCCCUGGCAUUGACUACUCAUGCUACGUUGUUGUAAUUAUUAAACUGGUUAUUUUCCUUAUGUUACAAAUAUGUCACUAUUUUCCAUGAUGUGUUUUAUGUGUGUGUGUGUGUGUGUGUGUGUGUGUGUGUGUUGUUACCUUUACACUUUAUUUUGACAGUUUUUUAUUAAUGCUGGGUGAAUUUUUGACACUGGAAAAUAAUCAUGUUUGCCUUUAAAAUCUAGGGUUUCGGCAUAUUUGAAGAUAAAUAAGAUUAGAAAAUGGGAAGUUUUAGGGACGGAAACCAAAGGGAAAGCUGACACUGUUCGAUGUGGCCUCUGUCUGCCAUUGUAGAGUCAUGACUUUCAUUUUGGAAGGUGCUCAGUCAAGCAUGUUGCGGGGUUGAAUAAGUGAAAGUAGUUUUCAUGAGUACUGUGCGUCCUCACAGGAAUGCCGUGACAACGAACGUGGCUUGUCUAUACCAGCCUUGUCCUUCCCUGACCUUCCCUCCAGGUGGCCCCUCCAGAUCCUGUUAAGACGGCUGGAAAACAGUAUAUAGGGAAGAAAACAAGCCACGAGUUAGACCACCACGGUGGGAGUGUGGACAGUUCCCUUGGUGUGUCUCCUUCCCUUUCAGAAUUUCAACCUUUAAACCUAAGGAAUUGAGCUGAUCUUAGUCACUAUGAUUUUCUGUUCAAUAACUUAGUAACCACUAUUUUGUCAUCUUUCUACCAAAUUGUAGGGAGACAUAGGAUGGUAUGUAUAUCUCGUAGAAAAACCAGUCUGGUUUGAUGCUUCCAUCUGUGUGGUGGUUCACAUUUUUCAUAGUCCCUUAAUACUCCCCCCCUGCAGAAGACAAGCCUACGAGGUGGUGAGGACAGAUGUCAAGGCCACGCCUGCAGCUGUGAAUGCUGGUGCAUCCCGAUUGAGAGUGCCCACGAGGACAGGGGAGCCCGAAGCGGGAAGCCUGGAGUCCCCGCCAGAUGUGGGGUGAUGGGGUGUCUCUGGAAGGGCGCUGAGAGUAGGAUGAAGUAGCCUCUGCCAGGUGGAGUGACUGUAGAACAGGGCGCCUGGCCACCCAGAACCCAAAUGCAGCUGAUGUCUAAAGUUUAGAGGAUUUCCAUUAUUUCAGGCUAAAGUGAGAAGGCAUUCAAAAAAUCAUUUGUGUUGAAUUGCGUUGUGAAUAGAGUGUGUGAUACAUUAGACACCUCUAAUUUGGCUCAUCUUAAGGAAGCAGUUGAGGCAUUCAUAUUUUUCUUGCUAGUCUUUAAUUGUAAAAUACUUGUUCAUAAGGAACAUACAAACUACACAAGGAUAUAAAAUAAAAAGCAGGU